UGCGGUCCGUGAAGUACCGUGUGGGGAGUCAGCUGAGAUGGGCUCACGCCGCAUGUCAUCGCUGAAGAAGCCCGCGAGAAGGCUUCUGCUCCUCUUUCGGUCCUCCAGCCCGGUCGCUCUCAAAUUUACUGCUGCACUGCCUGAUUCGAUAGGGCUGGCGACGGCAUGUCCAUCUUGUGGCCGGCCGGGUAGCUUGCGCGGGAUAUGGAAGGGCAUGUUCACUGCAGAAAGAAGCAACCUCGCGCCGCCAGGAUCCACGACUCCGCGCACUCCAUGUGCUCCAACGCACGCGCCCAAGGCCACAGAAUGCGUUGAGAACUCGUGGGUCGAAGUGUCAAUUCUCGUCGGGUUCCGGUCGUGAAAUCCAGCUGUCCAACCGCUGAACCCCUUCCGCCCGGGUUGAACAGAGUCAUCGUGACAAGUUGCACCAAGAAAAAGGCAAAGCUAACGUCAGGCUGACUCCCCUGCCGUCCGUCCGGAGUUAUCGAGCCCGAGUACUCACUGCGAGUAUCAACCAAGCCAAUGGGGAAUGGCCGGAGAACGCAGCCAUUGAUGAAGUCUACAUCGCUGUCGAGACGUCCAAGUUGAG